AUGGCCGAAGAAUGGGGAACGAAAGAGAUCGUCGGGGGAGCCAUCCUCGGCGCUGCCACAGCCGUCCUCUUUGCAGUCCUCGUCAAAACCAUCAUCCGCAAUAUCGCAGCCAAGAGGCAUGAGCACACAGAGGCCUGGCUAGGCGAACAGCUGCAACCGAUGGCAAACCGAAUCAUACACCACGCAGUCCCGGCCAUUCCUCUGACAGGCGACGUUAUACCUCAGCCAGCACCGGUGGCCAUUGAGGGAAAUCCUGGUUGGUGGUUCUGGGUCAAGGCGUAUUGGCGCGUUUUGAGAGGCAGCGAGCGGGCUUUUCAGGAGCAGUUGGCUGAGAUUAGGAGGCAUAAUGCUGGUGCAGCUGGUGCAGAGGCCGCCUGA